AUGCAACCACUCCUAAAUACAAAAGGUGACAUACAAAUAGAUUUAAAUCAAGUGAGAACAGAUAUUUUGCAUGGUAUUCGAGAGUGUAACGAUCGUGGAUUGCAACAAACUUCAAAAUGGUUAGCCGAAUUAAAUUUUGCAUUAAAAGAGCAUAAAUUACCACAUAUCGAUGAGUCCAAUAAACCUGAAGAUGGAAUUAUAGCAGAAGAAAAAGAAGCAUACACUUUAGCAAAGAGCUAUUUUGAUUGUCAAGAGUAUGAUAGAGCAGCACACUUUAUAGAAAACUGUACAAGUCCAAAAUGCGUGUUUUUACUCAGAUAUUCACAAUAUAUGUCUAGUGAAAAGAAGAGAUUAGACAAUGCUACUGAUACUGGUACUGAAAAUAUGGAAUCAACCCAAGUACUUUUAGAUCUUUUGUCAUUUUUUAAGGCAAAUCGUAAUAGUCUUGAUGGAUAUCUUUUAUAUUUAGAAGGUGUAGUUUUAAAAAAAUUGGAUUUAAGAAGUCAGGCAGUCACAGUGCUUCAAGCUGCAGUGGCUGCUGCUCCUACCCUAUGGGCUGCUUGGGUAGAAUUGGCAGGCCUUGCUAAUGAAUAUGAAGCCUUAGAUUCCCUACAACUACCUAAACAUUGGAUGAUGUAUUUUUUUGCUGCGCAUGCCUUUGUUGAGCUUAAGUUAUCUGAGCAAGCUCUUGAAGCAUAUACUGUUUUAACUGCAGCUGGAUUUGAAAAAAGUACUUAUAUUACAGCCCAAAUGGCUAUUGCUCAUCAUGACAGAAGAGAUGUUGACUCAUCAUUAUGUUUAUUUAGAAACUUAUAUCAAAGUGAUCCUUACCGGUUAGACAACUGGGAUGUUUACUCUCACCUGUUGUAUCUUAAAGAAAAACGAAUGGAACUAGCAAAUCUAGCACAAAAAGCAGUUUCAAUUGAUAAAUAUAGGGUGGAAACAUGUUGUGUUAUAGGUAAUUACUAUAGCCUUAGGAGUGAACAUCAGAAAGCAGUGUUAUAUUUCCAGAGGGCCUUGUCAUUGGACCCACAAUACUUAUCAGCUUGGAUUUUAAUGGGACAUGAAUUUAUUGAACUACAAAAUUCCAAUGCCGCCAUACAGUGCUACAGACAAGCAAUUGAUGUGAACAGAAAUGACUAUAGAGCAUGGAAUGGUCUUGGUCAAGCAUAUGAAAUAUUAGGUCUGAAUGGUUACUGUAUAUACUAUUACUCAAGAGCGGCACAACUUAAGCCGGAUGACUCGAGAAUGUUAGUGUCACUUGGAGAAGCUUAUGAAAAAAUGGAUAAAAUUCCUAAUGCACUUAAAUGUUACUACAAAGCUCACAGCACAGGAGAUAUUGAAGGCAUGGCCUUAUUUAAAUUGGCAAAGUUGUACGAGAAGUCGAGUAUGCCGAACAGUGCGGCGGCGGCAUACACGGCGGCGGUGCAGGAGCCCGCGAACGCGUGUAGCAAGGAGCUGCCGGCUGCGUUGCGCUAUCUCGCCGACUACUACCUGCGCUUCUCUCUGCUAGACCACGCCUCGCACUACGCGUACAAGUGCUUGGAGCAUGAAAGCACAAAAGAAGCUGGGAAGAACAUUUUAAAAACAAUAUCAGAACAGCGUCUAGCCGCAUCAUCGUCGCAACCGCCCACCCUUCCGGCUGAUUUGCCUGAAUCCAUCAAUAAUGUAUCCUCAAGUUCGACAUUAAAUCAAAUUAGCAAAUGUCUCUUUCACAGUCCAAUGUCUUCAAGGAAAGACAGUAAAUACAAAAUG